AUGUCUACGUGUUCUGAUUUUGGUCUUCUCCACCUUCUCUCUUCUGUUUCGUCUCCACCCAUCACCGUUCCCUCCGCGAAUGCUUUUCUUCCGUUUUCGAUUUGUCUUCAUCGUCUUAUGGUCGCCGCCUCCAGAUUCUUCCUACCGCCUCUCUUAUCAACUGUUAGCAAUCUACCGCCUCCAUCUAUUUUGUGUCCAUUGAAGAGCCAUUCCCCAUCCAGGUGUUCUUUUCAACGCUUUGUCGAUGCUUCGAUUGGUAAUAUCUGUAAUCCAUAUCCCCUUCGCCGUCUGUUACUGCUCCUUCAGCCUCACCAUCUCCGUCGAUGUUUCUCUCUAAAAAACCGUCGUCUGAUUGAUAUGUCACCACUACCACUUUAUGACCCUGCUUCGUCGAACCCUAAUUACAUAUGUCAUUGA